GGGAGAAUAUGAGAGCAAGCAGAGACUGGCUGGGGAAGGGAGAGCCAGAGGGUAGCAGAAGGGAGAGCGGAUGGAUGGUGAGAGAUACAAUGGCAGCUCCCCCAGCCCAUGGGGUAGGAGGCUGCCACCCCCAGCAGCCAGUGGGGAAUAUUCCCCCUAGACAUGGUCAAACAAGCGGCGGGGGGGUUAGCCGAUUUUCCCCUAAGGGCUCAGAAUUUACAAGGCAAAUAUUCCCCCCCACACACUCUGCUCCUAAUGUAGUCUUUGUUUUUUUAAGACAAUCUCAUUAUCUGGGGGGUCUGCCUCCUGCAUGAUAAAUGUUUAGAGCUGACAGGACUGAACAGGGUCCUGCUCUGAUUUCUGUGUCAAACCAGAGUCACUGCUAGCGACAGCAGGCAAGGAAUCCAAUUGGUAUUUGGUUUGGUUUGAUUCGAUUCAGGUUCAGUUCCAUUCAAUAGGUUCGGUUUCUUUUCUGGUUCAAGCCACCCAAAGAAACAAAAUUAGAAGUUCAGUUACCAGUUUAAAUCCUAUUUAAAUCUCAAUGGAGGUAAAUCCAUGAAAGAGAGCUGCAACUUAAAAUGGAAACUGUUUUGAUUUUUGAUUAUUUAUUUUGUAAUUUUAACUUUACGUGAGUUUUCCUAGCGUAUUUGUGUUGUUAAAUAUACAUGAUUAUUUUCCUAAACAAUGUGUUUGAGAAACCCAAAAUAACAUAUUUAAACAUUCACUUUGUCAUAUUGGACCUUUGCAGUGAAAGGAUACAUUUGAGGUCUGGAAAUUUUCUUUUGAUGCUCACUUGUGUUGCUGGAACUGCCAGUACAAUUUUUGCUAGUUGAUAUAGCGUGAGCGUGACAUUUUUCUGAUGUUCCCAUGUUUCUUUCUUAUGGAGAUGUGGCCCAUCUGCGAAUAAAUCAGGAGUUGGCCCAAUCCUUUUUUGGGGCUUUCCUUCAUCCAGAUACCGCUUCCUGUUUGGAGAUUUCACAAGAAGUUCCAAUUCAUCUUUCAAUUUCAGACGUGUCUGACAUUGGUUCUGUAACAUCAUUAUUUCUGACUCAGACAUUUCCAUCUUCAGCCAUGUUCUGGUGUAAUGAAAUUUUGCCUUGACUUUGUCCGGUGCUGACAGUGCAGACUGAUAUCUAGCAUCAAGAUAUAUGUAUGAGAGAAACGUAUCUAUCUGGGGUAGGGGUGGGAGGGUUGGAGGCGGGUAUCAGACAGUGCCCUGGAGGGUUGGGAGUGGGCCCUGCACCUGGCUUCAGUGGGGAAGGGAGUUUAGAGCAUGAACCCUGCCUCAAGUGGAGCAACUAGAGGGAGGAGCUGCCCCAGGGGCUGAAGAUGGUGGGAGGAGGCCUGUCUAAGAGGAGAAGGUUGGGGAGCCAUUAUCUUUGCCCUUGGACUUGAACAGUUAUGAACUUCAGGGCCCAAGGAGCAUCCCACCCCUUCUCUCCCCAGGGAGCCUUCUCAGAGGUGGCUCAUCUACCUCUGGUCCCCCUUCUGCUUCCCAUGGUGUGCAGGCAGCUCCCAAGCUUCCCCUGUCCCUCCCUGCUCUGGUGGUCUGUCCCCAAUCUCUUCUCACUCUCUUCUCACUAUCCUGGUGCCGGCUGUUCUGGGGCAAUCACCAGCCUAUUGGCUAGUUUGCUGUGUCUCUUAAAUGAAACUAAGAUCUCUGUAGGUUUUUUUUUUUUUUUUUUAAAUAAUGAGAUUAAAAAAUGUUGAAUCUUUAUUUUAACUGGUAACACCACUGCUUUUAUUUUAACUGGUAACACCUAACCCGUUGAGGUUGAGUUGGGAAAACAAAUUUAUGAUUCAGAUUCAAUUCCAGUUAAUGUAUGAAAUACCGGUUUGAACUGGUUCUCCGAUUCCACUAUGAGUCCAGAUGGGCAAAUGAGAUCAGCAUUGGCCUGACUGUCCCUGGGGGCUGCAGAGGCAGCACAGGGCGGCUUGGUCAUUAGUUGUCCCCAGCAGAGGGCUCUGGUAAUUGCUAAGGCCAAAGAGGUCAGUCAGUGUCAGUCUCUCUCUGUGCUCAGGAUACUGGAACCCUAGAGCUAGCUGGGCUUCCUGGAGCAGAUGCUGCUGCCCCCAUUGUGAUUUGGGAGCCCGGGCUGAGCAGCUGCUGCUGCAGAGCGGAUCUGUGCUGGGACAGACCAUCACUAAGGCCCCCUCUAUGCCCAGCCGAGGGGGUGCUUCCUCCUGUGGCUGGAACUAUCCCCCUGGGGCAGCUCCUGGCUUUGCUGGCAUCAACUCCUGAGUCAGAGACUGCAGGUGAUGAAAUUGACCUCUGGGGGUAAGUGCAGGGGGCAGGCAGGAAAGUGACUCUGCACAAAUGGCCCCUUGUUGGCCCAUCUCUGCUCCCGGGUGUCUGCGAGUCCCAGAGCUGCUGCCCCCGACACACCCAGGCUCACACUCCUGUUAGCAGUGACAGUAGCUAUUGGAGAGGAAACGCCCACAGGCAUGGCGGGACAGGAAUCAGCUCUUCCAUGAAGAAGGGAGAGGGGAGAGUCUGAAAGUGGCAGCAGGAGCAAUAAGUGAGGAGGGAGGUUCCAACCCAGUUUCCAAUUCAGAUUGACUUUCCUGGGAAGAAGGUGAGGAGCAGAGAGAGGAAAAGCCAAGUGCUGCCUCUGCCUAGUCCCCGCGCUGCUGGGGGAAUGUGCUGCCCUGGGGACAGUGUCGGGGGGAUCCCCCAAAGUGGAGCUUUUGAUUCUGCUCUUUUCUAGCAUUUGGCUCAGAGACUCUGUUCCUGGGAGGGUUUAAAAGUGUCUCGUGGAUUUAGUCCUGGUGGGAGGGGUCAGGUCUGUGUUGUACAAAGGUAACUGAGGGUUUUCCCAGCAUGGCAGAGUCUAGAGUUUCAGCCGUGUUAGUCUGAAGCGUAUGCUCAAAUAAAUUGGUUAGUCUUUAAGGUGCCACAAGUACUCCUUUUCUUUUUGAGAGUCUAGAGUGUCUGUCUGGAGGGAAAGAGCCUGGGGGGAAUCGAGGUGUGAAAUGGACUAAUGCUAAUUCAAAAACCUCCCCAGUUGCCCUUCUCACCCUGACAGGCUGCAGAAUAACGACCCAUUUUGCUCCAGAUCAUCCCAUCUUCCUAGGGUCCUGGGCAGGGAAAUGGCUGUGGUGGAUCCAGCUCAGAUGCCGGUGACCUUUGAGGAGGUGGCUGUGUACUUCACCGAGGGGCAGGGGGCUCUGCUGGACCCCGGUCAGAGAGCCCUCUACAGGGACGUCAUGCAGGAGAAUUAUGAGACUGUGACCUCGCUGGGACUCCCCAUUCCCAAACCUGACCUGAUCAUCCGGCUGGAAGCAGGGGAAGAGCCGUGGGUCCCAGAUCUCCCGGCCUCCAAGAAAAGGAAGAUCACAAGAGACACCUGCACAACAGGUGAUGAGACAAUGAGUGAGAAUGAGGACGAGAAUCCACUGCAGGAAUGUCCUGAACAAGUGGAACUGCAGGGGACCUUAUUGAGACAAGGUGAAGGGAAUUUUUCCCAGUGCUUGGAACAGAGAAAAGCCUGGAGUAAUUGGCACAGGUCAGAGAGGAAGCUGGGAAACUGCCAAAGGAAUAAAGUGUAUGAAUCUAUCGAAUGUGGCAAGGAUCCCAAAGAAACCACAAUUCAGCAGACAAAUGAGAAUGAAAAGAACGCCUAUAAAUGCUUGGACUGUGGGAAAAGUUUCAGUCAUCGCUCAAAUCUUACUAGACAUGGGAGAAUCCACACUGGAGAGAGACUUUAUAAAUGCUUAGACUGUGGAAAAAGCUUCAGUCGGAGCUCAAAUCUUAUUAGCCAUAGGAUAAUCCACACUGGAGAGAAACCCUAUAAAUGCUUGGACUGUGGGAAGAGCUUCAGUCAGCGCUCAGGCCUUAUUAACCAUGGCGGAGUCCACAUGGAAGAGAACCCCUAUAAAUGCUUGGACUGUGGGAAAAGCUUCAGUCAUCGCUCAAAUCUUACUAGACAUGGGAGAAUCCACAUGGGAGAGAGACUUUAUAAAUGCUUAGACUGUGGGAAAAGCUUCAGUCGGAGUUCAAAUCUUAUUAGCCAUAGGAUAAUCCACACUGGAGAGAAACCCUAUAAAUGCUUGGACUGUGGGAAGAGCUUCAGUCGGAGCUCAAAUCUUAUUAGCCAUAGGAUAAUCCACACUGGAGAGAAACCCUUUAAAUGCUUGGACUGUGGGAAGAGCUUCAGUCAGCGCUCAGGCCUCAUUAGCCAUAGGAUAAUCCACACUGGAGAGAACCCCUAUAAAUGCUUAGACUGUGGGAAAAGCUUCAGUCGAAGCUCAAAUCUUAUUAGCCAUAGGAUAAUCCACACUGGAGAGAAACCCUAUAAAUGCUUGGACUGUGGGAAGAGCUUCAGUCAGCGCUCAGGCCUUAUUAACCAUGGUAGAAUCCACAUGAGCAAGAACUCCUAUAAACGCUUGGACUGUGGGAAGAGCUUCAGUCAGCGCUCAGGCCUUAUUAGCCAUGAGAGAACCCACACAGGAGAGAGACCCUAUAAAUGCUUGGAAUGUGGGAAAAGCUUCAGUCGGAGCUCAAAUCUUACUGCUCAUAGGAGACUGCACACUGGAGAGAGACCCUAUAAGUGUUUGGACUGUGGGAAAAGCUUCAGUCGGAAGGCACAUCUUAUUAGACAUGGGAGACUCCACACUGGUGAGAAACCCUAUAAAUCUGUGGUUCUCAAACUUUAACAACCCGAGGACCCCCCUUUAAUUGAAAAAUUUUCAAGGACCCCUGCAAGCCCACUGCUCAGCCACAGGCUCCACUCCCACUCCACCCCUUCUCCCAAGCCCCCACCCCUGCCCCUCCUCUUCCCUGCCUCUUUCUGCCUCCUCCCCCAAGCGUGCCCCGUCCCCACUCCUCCCUCUCCUGCCCAGUGCCUCCUGCACACUGCUGAACAGCUGUUUUGUGGCAUGCAGGAGUGACUGGGAGGGAGGGGGAGAAGUUGAUCAGCGGGGACAGCAUCCCCGGACAUGACUCGUUGACCCACUGGAGUACCCUUACGGACCCCUGGACCCCAGUUUGAGAAACCCUGCUAUAAAUGCCUGUACUUCAGGAAGAGCUUCAUUUAUUGCUCAAGUCUUAAUUAACCGUGAGAGAAACCAUGCAGGAGAGAGACCCUAUAAAUGCUUGGAUUGAGGUAAAAGCUUCAUUCAGCACUUGGGCCUUAUUAACCAUGGGAGAAUCCAUAUGGGGGAGAGACCCUAAAAAUGCCUGCAGUGUGAGAAAAGUUUCAAUGCACCAUCAGCCCUUAUUAUACGUCAGAGAACCCAUAGAGGAGAAGAACCCUAUAAAUACUUGGAUUGUGGGAAAAGCUUUAAUCAUUUCACAUCUGAGAACCCACACAGGAGAUAAAACCUGUAAGUGCCUGCACUGUGGGAAAAGCUUCAGUGAGAGCUCAAAUGUGGACACAAGAACAAAUGGAUAUAAACUGGCAAUCAGGAAGUUUAGACUUGAAAUUAGACAAAGGUUUCUAACCAUCAGAGGAGUGAAGUUCUGGAACAGCCUUCCAAGGGAAGCAGUUGGGGCAAAAGACCUAUCUGGCUUCAAGAUUAAACCUGAUAAGUUUAUGGAGGAGAUGGUAUGAUGGGAUAACAUGAUUUUGGCAAUUAAUUGAUCUUUAACUAUUCACGGUAAAUAGGCCCAAUGCUUUGUGAUGGAAUGUUAGAUGGGAUGGGAUCUGAGUUACUACAGAGAAUUCUUUCCUGGGUAUCUGGCUGGUGAGUCUUGCCCACAUGCUCAGGGUUCAGCUGAUCGCCAUAUUUGGGGUCGGGAAGGAAUUUUCCUCCAGGGCAGAUUAGAAGAGGCUCUGGGGGUUUUCACCUUCCUCUGCAGCAUGGGGCACGGGUCACUUGCUGGAGGAUUCUCUGCACCUUGAAGUCUUUAAACCAUGAUUUGAGGACUUCAGUAGCUCAGACAUAGGUGAGAGGUUUAUUGCAGGAGUGGGUGGGUGAGAUUUGGUGGCCUGCAUUGUGCAGGAGGUCAGACUAGAUGAUCAUAAUGGUCCCUUCUGACCUUAAUAUCUAUGAAAUCUUAUUAUACGUAAGACAAUCCACACAAGAGAGAAAUCCCAUAAAUGCUUAGGUGAUGGGAAAAGCUUCAGUCCUAGAUCAUACCUUACUAAACAUUUCAGAAUCCACAUGGCACAGUAUCCACAAAAUGCCCCAACUGUGGAAAAAUUUUAAUUUGAAGAUCAAACCUUACUUCACAUCAGACAAUCCACAUGGGAGAGAGAACCCAUAAAUACUUGGAUUGUGGGAAAAGCUUCAAUAACUGCAGGGAAAGAUUCAGUCUAACUCACACAUUGUUCCCCAUCAGAUAAUUCACAGAAGAAAGAGCUUGAAUGUGGGGGUACUUUCUUUUGGUGCUCACACGGCAUCAAGCAUCAGCAAAUCCAAACAGGGAGGAGCCCUCUCAGACCUCCUUAGCAUGGAAAAUGCUUCAGUUGGAGCUAACACCACAUUGAACAUCAGAGACUCCGCCACACAGGAGAGAAAUUCUCUCAGUGCCCUGACUAGGGUUGACCAUAAUAAAAACUCCAUUUCCUAAUUCCCACACACAGCAGUGGCAUUUGGCUCCCAGGUAUCCAGCUGCCCAUGUCUGGGGACAGGUUCCAGCAGCAGCUGACCCUUAGCUGUUCAGGGACCUUCUGGCUUUGCUUGGUCUAAGAAAACCCCAGGCAGAGGAGGAGGAGAAGUCCUUAUCAGCCCCUCUUCCCUGCUGCAGUCCUGGCUGCUGAACUGAUGGGCCUUUCUGCCUCCUGGGAACCUGCUGAGGAAUGGGAGAGAGAAACUCCUCCGGAAGCUCCCUCUGCCUGGAUGAAGUUCUCUUCUUUCCUUUCCCUUCCCUGAUGUGAUGCCCUUCCCAUGGAGGCUAGGAGGGAUAUUUGAGCCAGGCCCAACAUUCACCCUGAACACCUGUCCCCACCCCCAUUUUCCUGCAGCCCCUGGGCUGGUUUCCCCCACUUACCUGGAGCUGGUACCUGCAGAGUGAGUAUCCCUGGGGCUGACAACUCUUCCCCUCCCUAAAUCCCUGAAGAUGCUGGAUUCCGGGGAAUCAAAUGUGAAGGGACCAGGAGGGAUGGGUUUUGGGGCGGAAACUGCUCUAUCGGCAUAUAGAGAUAAGCCCAACGGAUGUGAAGGGCUUCAAAAUAUGCUUGCUUGGAAACUAACCCCAAUAAACAUUUCAUUGUUUGCA